CCCUACUUCUCUCUGUAUAUAUAGAUAGAUAAACACCUAUACAAGUACAUAUCAGACGUUAAUCCACCACUGUUCUAUUAUCAAUUCUUCUUUCCAAACAAUUAAUGGAUAACCUAAGUUUCUUUGUUGGAGUUGUAGGCAACUUCAUUUCUGUUUUGGUCUUUCUGUCACCCAUAGACACUUUCUAUCGAAUAGUGAGGAAUAAAGCGACUGAAGAAUUCGAAAGUCUUCCUUACAUUUGCACUUUGUUGAAUGCCUUGCUAUGGACUUAUUAUGGAGUUACAAAACCCGGUGCUUAUCUCGUCGCCACCGUGAAUGGUUUCGGAGUUGUCGUUGAAACCAUCUAUAUCAUACUGUUUCUCACAUACGCAUCACGGAGAGUGAAGUGCAAAACGGCACAAUUGGUGGUGGGUUUGGAUAUAAUUGUGUUCGCAGCUGCGGUGUUGAUCACCCAUUUCGCACUGGACGGCGAUGUGAGGAUCAAUGCAAUAGGAUUCUUGGGUGCAGGAUUAAAUAUCGUUAUGUAUGGUUCACCUUUAGCAGCAAUGAGAACUGUGGUGACGACUAAAAGCGUGGAGUAUAUGCCCUUCUUACUCUCGUUCUUCCUCUUCUUGAAUGGUGGAGUUUGGUGCUUCUAUGCGAUUCUUGUAAAAGAUCCUUUUCUUGGGGUACCAAAUGGGAUCGGAUUCUUCCUCGGAAUAGUUCAGUUGGCUCUUUAUGCACGUUACAGAAAUUCUACCAAGUCAUCAUCAUCCGUCGAGCCCCUACUUAUUUCGCCGCCAUUGCCAGCUACCUUUUGAUGAUCAUCCAAUACAGCACAGGCUUAGGCCAACUACAUCAAGUACGCAAACCAUACAGUUAGGAUAUACACACACACGCAUGCACACGAAACAACAGCAACUCAUUGACAUAUAGAGUUGCAUAUAUGUCAAAUUUAACGCCAUUAAUUCAUCCCUUCUUCUCCCUUUAACAAUAGCUAAUCAUUCCCUGCCUUGAUUUUUUUUUUUGAUAUUUUUUCUGCCAGUGUGUAGUUUUGUAUUGAAUGUGCACAAUGAUUGUAAUUUGAUCUGUUAUCAUUAUUUAUCUAGCAUUUUUGAGAUUUUCCCCA